AUGUAUCGGAAGUUGUCUAAGUUAGAACACUCGGAAAUAAAACAACUUCUUACAGAAGCUAAUAUAGAUGUUGCAAAACAUUACGCGACAAACAAAAAAGCACUCGCUGACUUCAUUAAAGACUACAAUGGUGCAAUAAGUUAUGAUAGAAUUCAUGAGUUCAUAAAGCCGCAACGCGGCGAGGACGAAGUCCAUGCAAGAGCAUUUCCUUUAAAUGACAUUGCUAUUGACUUAUAUCAUAGACGUUCAGUACCUCAUGAAGUAAGAAGAGAAAUGUUUGACAUAACAAAUGCGAACGUUGGUCAUACUCGUAAAGCUCUUUCGCAUGAUGUUCGUCAAGAAAUGUUUGACAUAACAAAUGCAAACGUUGGUGAAACAAGAAGAAGAGACGACACACUGAAACAACAGAGAAGAGAGAUGUUUAAAAGUGCUAUAGAACAAGUUCGCAAAGCUAACGAUGUCAUUCGUUCCAUUGACGACAAACCAAAAGAAGGUGAGAGAUGGUUAAAGAAAGAUGAAGAGAAUAGGAAGAGAAAUGUGAAGUCAGGCAAUAGACUCAUUGACUUUAACAUCGAAGCUUUAGAUGAACCAAACAGAGAAUAUUUACACAAACAUUUCGGUAAGGUUUUCAUGAGACUCUUAGAGAAAAUUAAAAUAAACUCACAACAAAGAUGGAUGGUAUGUUAUAAACUUGGUGGAAAGUAUGAAUGUUCUACGUUAAACCUCAAUAAUAUUGGAACAUUACUACAUCAGCUCUUGAAGGAGAACUUUAUAUCAGAGAUAGAAGCAAAUGCCGCAG